GUCGUUUAUUUUUUGGUCAAUGCACGUAUGUACAUUGUUGUGUGUUUACACGUGCGUGUGUUACACAACUAAUAAUUUUGGUUUUCAUAUUUUACCCACACGAUAGUCCACAGCGCUACUUCGCGUUAUCGCGAGACCUGGCGUAAAAAUACGGUAGCUGCGUCUACCUAUCGAGAGCCCAGCCAGGAGUUCCUUAGCGCCGAUGGUGAAUAGCCACUGCUGCGGUGACGGGCGGAGGAGAAGAAGCCGCAGAGGGGCCCAGGAGUGGCACAGGCGUCAUAGUUCGGAGUUAGUAGUUUAGAUUUAGCAGUAUUACGUGUACCACCAGAACACUAAAAAGCCCAGGGAGGAAGGUAAGGGGAAAAGAAGGAAAGAUGGCGGCCGCGGCCUCGCCGGGCUCCGGCUCGUCCACCUCCUCAGACUGGAUUGUAUUAAGAGACGGUUGCCUGCGCUGCGACGAGGAGGGCCUGAGAAGCCUGUCCUACCACCCGGCUCUCAACGCUAUCCUGGCCGUUACCAGUCGUGGCAGCAUCAAAGUAAUAGACGGGACUUCAGGGGCUAUUCUCCAGGCGUCAGCGUUGCACGCUAAACCUGGUGGUCGUGUCAGGUGUCAGUACUUCCCUGCAGUGGACAAGGUGCUUUUUGUGGAUGACUAUGCAGUGGGAUGCAGGAAGGACCUGAAUGGCAUCCUGCUCCUGGACACAGCCCUCCAGCCUCCAGUGACCAAGCCUGAGGACAUGGUACAGCUGGAGCUGCCGGUCACCGAGACACAACAGUUGCUGUCAGCCUGUCAGGAGAAAAUUGAUGUGUCCAACACAGAGGGCUAUGAACUCUUUAUCAAUCAGCUCAAAGAAGGCAUGAAGAAUACCUCACACGAGACAGCAGCCAACCACAAAGUUGCCAAGUGGGCAACUGUGACUUUCCAUCUUCCUCAUCAUGUGAUGAAGCUGGUCGCCAGCGCCAUAGUCACCGAGCUGAAGAAGGUAAACCAGAACGUAGCUGCCUUGUCUGUGGCCUCAUCCAUCAUGGACAGGCUCUCCUACCUGCUGUCAAGUGCCAGACCUGAGCUGGGCGUGGGCCCAGGACGAUCUGUAGAUAGAUCUUUGAUGUACAGUGAGGCCAACAGGAGGGAGACAUUUACAUCUUGGCCUCAUGCUGGCUACAGGUGGGCUCAGCCUGACCCUAUGGCUCAAGCGGGUUUUUACCACCAGCCUGCCUCAACUGGGGACGACAGAGCCAUGUGUUUCACCUGCAGUGUGUGUCUGGUCUGCUGGGAACCUACAGAUGAGCCAUGGUCAGAACACGAGAGACAUUCUCCGAACUGUCCAUUUGUGAAGGGGGAGCACACGCAAAACGUCCCACUGUCGGUGACACUGGCGACAAGUCCUGCCCAGUUUCCUAACAGUCCUGACAAUUCGGACAAAAUCUCCUGCUAUGGCUUUGGGAGCUGCCCGCAGUUCCUGGCUGCUGCCACUAAGAGGGGCAAAAUCUGUAUCUGGGAUGUAUCCAAAAUGAUGAAGGUGCACCUGAAGUUCGACGUCAACCCCUAUGACCCCACCAUCCUGAGGCAGCUGAUCCUGAGCGGCGGUGAGCAGAGCCAGCAGACACUGACCGAGUCUCGGAGACCAACUCUGGCCUGGCUAGAAGAGUCUACUUUCUGCUCUGACCUGCCUAAGCUGGAGGGUGAUAGUGAUGACCAGUUGGAGGAUUCAGACAGUGAUGAGCAUUCCCGGUCAGAGUCAGUAACAGGCCAGCCUUCUCAGUGGGAAAGCAUGGAUGUGAGUUUAGGACUGACUGCUCUCAGCAUCGUCCAGCAGCCGGAGAAAUUCCAGUGGGAAGUGGUUGCUAGUGUUCUCGAGGACACUGUCAAGGACCUGGAGGAGCUGGGAGCCAACCCUUCCCUGAGCCAGGGAAAGACUCACAGCCAGACCAAAGCAAAGGACAAGGUCCCCGACCACCACAACAUUCCCUUUCCCUGCCUGCUGGCUGGAGGAUUGCUCAGCUACCGCUCAGCGUCAAGCACUCCCAUGGCUGGUCCCCCACCCACAGGUGCAUCCACAACACGCAGGACCACAGAUGGACCCUUAAGAACUCAGGGCCCUGAGCCCUUUCACCCCGGGCCUGUACAGGACCAGGCUCCGAUGGAGAUAGAAAUCUGCAAUGCUCAAAGUGCAGCUGUGCAGCAGAGCUUCUCUAAUUUAGCAGGUUCCCAACCUCCCAGCCCCUGUUCUCCUCAGGCUGUGCACAGGACUAUACCAGUGCUGCUGCUGUACAGUAUCAGAGAAGUGGACAGUAAGUCCUCGGGCCAGGUUUUUGCCCAGAUGAAUAAUCUCAUGAGUAAAGGUCUCCACGAGGAGGGCUUUACUGUGCCGCAGAUCAUCGAGAUGGAGUUGGACACACACGAGCAGCUUCUUCUCCAGGAUCCUCCCAUUACCUAUAUUCAGCAGUUUGCUGAUGCCGCAAUGAAUCUAGCAGCGUUAGAUGGCCACGUGGACAAAUGGAGCACACUGGCUGCCGGGAGCGUGUCUGCCCCGCCUCGACCUGGAGCACUGGUCCAGUGCUUGAGGUUGCCUAAGCAACUCGAAGAUGAGAACCUUUACAUAGACUCCAUCACACCUUGUUCGGAUGGUGUGCACCUGCUGGUCAGCCUGCAGCCGUGCGGCGCUGAAACUUUGAACGCCACAAACCAGGUAGAAGCUCUUAACAACCUCAACCGCCUGCACUCAGCGCUUUGUAGUCAGCGAAAGGGUGAAAGCUUACACCCUGUGGCCAAUGGCUUUGAGGGUCACGACCCUGAUGAAUCUCCACCUCAGACACCUCUCAUCCUACCCCCGGGACAACAGCAGCAAAAGAGGUCUUCAAUUGGUGGGAGCGGAGGCGGCUACCUCGCACUGUACAAGCUUAACUAUUCCACCCGGAUUGUCACCUUGGACGAAGAACCGGUCAAAGUUCAGCAGAUUUGUGACUCUUGCGAUGCGAUCACCUCUCACAUAUUGCUUCCUCCAGAUGUGUUGGAUAGCAGGGAGGAUGAGAGCGAAGAAGCUUCGGACGACACGCUUCCAUCCGCUCAAAAAAAUAGCUACGCUGCCUCUGGAACUGGAACAAGUGCAUGCGGAGCAGCCGCUACCAGCUGCGGCAGCACCGCUGUCACUGGUACCGGUGCCUCCAGCUUCAAAGACGGCAGUCGUUUAGAGGUAGCGGGCCUGGGACAUUUAGUGGUGACCACGCAGGCGGGCUACAUUAUGAUCCUGGACCUGUCUACAUUGGAGGUCCUGGCCAAGGUGGAACCGCCUAAGAAGGAGGGGUCAGCAGACGAAACAGACCCGUUUGUUUCAGUCACAUAUUGCUCUGGGACCGAUCGCCUUUGUGCCUGCACCAAAGGUGGAGAACUUCAUUUCCUUCAAAUUGGAGGCGUGUGUGAUGACGGAGAUGACGGAGAUAUGUUUAUUGAUGGCCCCCUUUCUAAAGGGGCUGAGUUGCUGCUUGAGGGGGCCAAGCCCUCCUCCAACCCCUCUAGCCCAGGAAUCACAGGAGUGGACCUCCUGGUGGACCAACCCAUGACGACAGAGAGCUUGAUGUCCCUGGUAGAGCUGAUCCGUUUCGAAACCCUGACCCCCCGCUUUUCGGCCACGGUGCCCCCUUGUUGGGUGGAAGUGCAGCAGGAGCAGCAGCAACGGCGCCACCCACAGCACCUUCACCAGCAACACCAUGGAGAUGCAGCGCAGCAUACCCGCACAUGGAAGCUUCAGAGUGACAGCUCCAGUUGGGACGAGCACGUGUUUGAGGUCGUGCUGCCGAAAGCCUGUAUGGUCGGCCACGUGGACUUCAAGUUUGUUCUGAAUGCCAACAUUGUCAACAUUCCUCAGAUCCAGGUCACAUUACUGAAGAACAAAUCUCCUGGGCUGGGAAAAGUCAGCGAGACAUCAGUGGACCGACAGAUCUCAUUCCCCCUCUCAAACGUGCUCCUGGCAAACGGCGAAAAGAAUGGCCAGCCUGCGCUGCAUGACUUCACAGAGGACAUUCAGUUUAUGGACAUUGAGGAGACAUCAGGCUCCGUCUUGUGUCCAUUUCUGGAGGAUCACAAGGAGGACAUCCUGUGUGGUCCGGUUUGGCUUGCCAGUGGCCUGGACCUCUCUGGACAUGCAGGCAUGCUUAGCCUCACCAGCCCCAAACUUGUCAAAGGUAUGGCAGGAGGGAAAUACCGUUCAUUCCUGGUUCACAUCAAAGCAGUUAGUGACAAGGGCAUAGAGGAGACUUCCAGGCCUGUGGUUAGAAUGCCUAGUGCUAGGCCUCAGGGCACAAAAGCUCACUCACUUUCCACCCUGCUGCAAAGGGCUCAGGCUUCCAAGGAGAAAGGCUCAGCGGUCAAAGCAGAGGCGCCCACUCCCUCAAAGAAAGUCGAGAACCUCCGCGGCUGUGAUCUCCUGCAGGAAGUUUCGGUCACAAUCAGAAGGUUCAAAAAGACGUCAGUGCCCAAAGAAAGGGUCCAACGCUGUGCCAUGCUGCAGUUCCCAGACUUCCACGAGAAACUGUUGGACGGGCUGUGUCGGCACACGGAGGCCAGCUCCACCACUGAGCAUGCCCAGAGCCUCAUCUUGGACAUCCUGUGCUGGUUGGCCGGGGUUUUCUCUAACGGACCCUGCAGCUUGAAGGAAGGAAAAGAAGGGCUACUAGUGAAAACACGGACACGUCUGAAGGAUAUUGUGCGCGUGUGUUUCUUUGAAGCUGGCCGAAGUAUAGCACACAAAUGCGCUCGCUUUCUUGCACUUUGUAUAAGCAAUGGAAAAGGAGACCCAAAUCAUCACAGCUUUGGAGUCAGUCUUCUUAAGGCUCUGCUUGACAAUAUGCCUUACUUGCCUGCUUCAGCAACAGGCGGCUCUGUCUUCUGGUACUUUGUGCUGCUGAACUAUGUCAAGGAGGAGGACCUGUCGGGCUGCAGCACUGCCUGUGCCUCGUUGCUCACCGCCAUUUCACGACAGUUGCAGGACCGCCUCACCCCACUGGAGGCACUGCUGCAGACCAGGUACGGUCUGUACAGCUCUCCUUUUGAUCCCGUGCUGUUCGACCUAGAGGUCAGCGGUUCUUCUUGCAAGAAUGCCUUCAACAGCACUAUUGGAGUCCAGUCUGAUGAGAUCGACCUUUCUGACAUUCUGUCGGGAAAUGGAAAGGUGAAUAGCUGUGCGGCAGCAGAGGGCAGCUUCACAGCGUUGACAGGACUCCUGGAGGUGGAGCCUUUGCACUUUACUUGCAUCUCCACCAGUGACGGCACGCGCGUGGAACGAGACGAUGCGAGCAUGUUUACUGUGAGUACGUUCGGCGUGACGCCUGCUGUCGGAGGCCUGUCAACAGGGCCGGUGGGUGAAGCGUCUACAGCUUUGGGUUCAGCGGCUCAGGUGGCGCUCCAGUCUCUGUCCCAUGCCAUGGUGUCAGCAGAGCAGCAGUUGCAGGUCCUGCAGGAGAAACAGCAGCAGCUGCUGAAGCUGCAGCAGCAGAAAGCCAAACUGGAGGCGAAGCUGCAUCAGACGACCUCUGCAGCCGCCGCUGUAGCUGCCUCCAGCGUGGGUCCCAUCCACAACUCCGUGCCUUCUAACCCCUCCUCCACUCCUGGCUUCUUCAUCCAUCCCUCUGAUGUCAUUCCCCCAACCCCUAAAACCACACCCCUCUUCAUGACCCCUCCGCUCACGCCGCCAAGUGAGGCAGUGUCAGCAGUUUUAAGCGCAGAUCUGGCUCACCUCUUCCCCGGCUCCAUGAUAGAUCCCGGGCCCGUCAACUUGGCUGCGCACAAAAACGCACAGAAAGCGAAGCCGGGUCCAAUUGGCAGUGGCCUUGCGUUGGCCAUUUCCCAAGCAUCUCACUUCUUACAGCCUCCUCCGUACCAGUCCAUCAUCAUUGAGAGAAUGCAUUCUGGAGCUCGUCGCUUUGUAACACUGGACUUUGGUCGCCCUGUCCUGCUAACUGAUGUUUUGAUUCCAACAUGUGCCGACCUGGCCUCUCUGUCCAUUGACAUCUGGACACUUGGAGAGGAAGUUGACGGCCGCAGGCUUGUCGUGGCCACCGACAUCAGCACCCACUCUUUAAUUCUUCAUGAUCUGCUGCCACCGCCUGUCUACAGGUUCAUGAAGAUCACUGUGAUCGGUCGCUACGGCAGCACCAACGCUCGAGCAAAGAUCCCACUUGGUUUCUACUACGGACACACCUACAUCUUGCCUUGGGAAAGCGAGCUGAAGUUGAUCCACGAUCCUCUUCGAGGUGAAAGUGAGGCAGCGACUCAGCCAGAUAUUGAUCAGCACUUGACCAUGAUGGUGGCUCUGCAAGAGGACAUCCAGUGCAGAUACAAUCUGGCCUGUCAUCGACUGGAGACCCUUCUACAAAACAUAGACUUGCCGCCGCUUAACAGCGCUAACAACGCUCAGUACUUCUUACGGAAACCAGACAAGGUGGUGGAGGAGGACCAGCGUGUUUUUUCAGCUUACCAGGAUUGCAUACAGCUACAGCUGCAACUGAACCUGGCUCACCACGCCGUGCAGCGACUACGUGUGUCGCUGGGCGCCAGCCGCAAGUCACUACUCACAGCCAGCGGUCCAGAGGCCCAGGAGCUGGUUCUCGGCUCAUCCACAGAGCAGCUGAGGACCAUCAUUCGAUACCUGCUGGACACGUUGCUUAGCCUGCUGCACUCCAACAAUGGUCACUCGGUGCCCUCAGUUCUCCAGAAUAUCUUCCAUGCGCAGGCCUGUGAGGAGCUCUUCAAGCAUCUAUGUAUCAGUGGGACACCCAAGAUUCGCCUUCACGCUGGCCUUCUGCUAGUUCAGCUCUGUGGAGGCGAACGCUGGUGGGGCCAGUUCCUCUCAAAUGUCCUGCAGGAGCUGUACAACUCAGAGCAACUGCUUAUAUUUCCUCAGGACAGGGUGUUCAUGCUCUUGUCCUGCAUUGGCCAAAGAUCCCUGAGUAACAGUGGUGUAUUGGAGGGACUCCUCAACCUCCUGGACAACCUUCUCUGUCCUCUGGAGCAGCCGCAAGCUGCGGCCCUUCGCAGGACUGAAGGUGUUUUGGACAUCCCAAUGAUAAGCUGGGUGGUGAUGCUGGUGUCCAGAUUAUUGGACUACGUCGCCAGUACAGAAGACGAAGCCUCCGGUUCAAAGAAGCACCUAGGUGGAAAAGAGAGGGAAAGAAGUCUUACAGGUAUUCAGUGGAGCUUCAUCAACAACAGCCUCCAGUCCCAGAACUCGACCAGGGCAGCUAAAAGCAGCAGCAGUCUGGACAGACUCUACUCACGAAAGAUCCGCAAGCAGCUCGUCCACCAUAAACAGCAGUUAAAUCUAUUGAAAGCAAAGCAGAAAGCUUUGGUGGAGCAGAUUGAGAAGGAGAAAAUCCAGAGCAACAAAGGUUCCUCCUACAAACUGCUGGUGGAGCAGGCCAAGCUAAAACAAGCCACAUCCAAGCACUUUAAAGACCUGAUCCGUCUGCGGCGGACGGCCGAAUGGCCUCGCUCCACACUGGACACCGAGUCUCCGACGACCAAAGAAGCUCCAGAAGUCGAACCUCUGCCCUUUACGCUGUCCCACGAGCGUUGCAUAUCUGUGGUGCAGAAGCUGGCCCUCUUCCUUCUCUCCAUGGACUUCACCUGCCACGCUGACCUGCUGCUCUUUGUCUGCAAGGUCCUUGCAAGGAUAGCCAAUGCUACAAGACCCACAAUCCAUCUGUGUGAGGUGGUGUCUGAGCAUCAGCUGGAACGGCUGCUGCUUCUACUCGUGGGCACAGAUUUCAACCGAGGCGACAUCUCUUGGGGCGGUGCGUGGGCGCAGUAUUCCCUCACGUGUAUGCUACAGGACAUACUGGCGGGUGAACUGCUGUCCCCAGGAUUUCUGGAUGUCAUGGAUGAAGUCGUGGGUGAGGAGGCCGGGGCGUCGUCCUCCUCUGUGGGCGCUGAUUUGGAUGACGCUCAGCCUCAGCCAGCACCCAUUCCUCUGGUAGAGAGCAUCGAUGAGGCCCUGGUGCCUGAUAUCAUCGCAGGUGCCGCGAACUCUUCAGUGUUCCAAAGUGCUCCACCUCUGUCAUCUUUGGAAAAAGAUAAAGACAUAGACUUUGACUUGCUACAAGACCUGAUGGAUGUUGAUAUUGAUCCUUUAGAUAUUGAUUUGGAAAAAGAUCCACUCGCUGCCAAAGUCUUUAAGCCUAUAAGCAGCACUUGGUAUGACUACUGGGGUGCUGAUUAUGGGACAUACGGGUACAACCCUUACAUUGGUGGGGUUGGUAUCCCUGUUGCCAAACCUCCAGUGGCCGCUGAAAAGCCUGGGUCACAGAGUUUGUCGGUGUCAGUUUCACAGGCUCUUGAUGCACGGUUAGAAGUGGGACUAGAACAACAAGCCGAGUUGAUGCUCAAAAUGAUGGCUACUCUUCAGGCUGAUUCCAUUUUACAGGCCCUCACAUCAAGCUCAUCCACAGUAAACCAGAACUCUAAUGGAACUGAUGACUCUCUGCUGAGGGCCCUCCACGGAGGCGGCUCUCCCCCGGGCGGCACACUUGCAGUCCAGCCCUCAUCCAUCCCGAUGCUGAGUUCCUGCUUUAACAAGCUCUUCUCCAUGCUGCAGGUGCAUCACGUACAGCUGGAGUCCCUGCUGCAGUUGUGGUUAACACUCAGUCUCAACACAACGUGUGGCAGCAGUGAAGAGAGCGGCUCUGACAUAUUUUUGUUCAACGCCAGCAGAGUACCUACCAUUCCUCUCAACCAAGCGUCCAUUAGCAGUUUCCUCACAGUGCUGGCGUGGUACCCUAACACCUCCCUGAGAACUUGGUGCUUGGUGCUGCACUCUCUCACUCUAAUGACCAACAUGACUGCUUGCGCCUCCAGCAACGGGAUGAGCUCUCAAGAAAGCACAGCGCAGCAGAUGGUCUCUGAUCCCAACCUGGUACAUGUUCUGGUACGCUUCCUGUCAGGCAGCAGCACCAACGGUACAAGCCAACACACUUCCCAGGUGGGGCCCACCGCCACCCAGGCCAUGCAGGAGUUCCUGAGCCGUCUGCAGGUCCACCUGUCCUCCACUUGUCCGCAAAUGUUCAGCGAGUUCCUGCUCAAGCUCAUGCAUAUCCUGUCUACCGAGAGGGGUCCUUUCCAGUCUGGCCAGGGUCCACUGGAUGCCCAAGUGAAGCUGCUGGAGUUUACCCUGGAGCAAAACUUCGAGGUGGUGUCUGUGGCCACCAUCUCCUCUGUCAUCGAGUCCAUCACCUUCUUGGUUCAUCACUACAUCACCUGCUCUGAUAAGGUCGUGUCCCGCAGCGGCUCGGACAGCUCUGUCGGUGCUCGGGCUUGUUUCGGCGGCCUGUUCGCAAACGUCAUCCGUCCGGGAGACGCAAAGGCCGUCUGCGGAGAAACAACGCGGGAUCAGUUAAUGUUUGACCUCCUCAAACUGGUCAACGUGCUGGUGCAGCUGCCCCUGUCUGGGGACAGAGAGUUCAGUGGACGGCUGCCGCCGGCCUGCAGUGCGGGUGCAGACAGCAGCGUGUCUGAUGAAGAGAAGGUCUGUGGCAGCAAAGAGAGUGUGAGCGGUGGAUCUUCGUGCAGCCACGGCCCUCCUGCCAGUGUGGCCGACCUGGUUCUGGCCAAUCAGCAGAUCAUGAGCCAGAUUUUGUCAGCUCUGGGCCAGUGCAACAGCAGCGCCAUGGCCAUGAUUAUAGGAGCCAGUGGCCUCCACCUCACCAAACAUGAAAACUUUCACGGAGGUCUCGAUGCCAUCUCGGUUGGUGACGGCCUGUUCACUAUUCUCUCCACUCUGAGUAAAAGAGCCACCUCGGUCCAGGUCAUGUUGCAACCCAUUCUGACAUACAGGGCCUGUGGAUACAUGGGAAGACAGGGUUCACUGUCCACGUGUCAGCUCUCCGAGCCUCUCCUGUGGUUCAUCCUCCGAGUGUUGGACACGACUGAAGCUCUCAAGGCUUUUCACGACAUGGGUGGCGUACAGUUGAUCUGCAACAACAUGGUGACCAGCACACGGGCGAUUGUGAACACAGCACGCAGCAUGGUUUCCACCAUCAUGAAGUUCUUGGACUCGGGCCCUGGAAAGGCCACAGAUGGCAACCUCAAAGCCAGAGUGAUGACCUCAGAGCCGGACAAUGCUGAAGGGCUUCACAACUUUGCCCCAUUAGGUACUAUUACAUCCAGCAGCCCCACCGCACAGCCAGCAGAGGUCCUCCUCCAGGCCACACCACCUCACCGUCGCGCUCGCUCUGCAGCCUGGUCCUACAUCUUCUUGCCAGAGGAGGCCUGGUGUGACCUCACCAUUCAUCUCCCUGCUGCUGUGUUGCUAAAGGAGCUCCAUAUCCAGCCUCACCUUGCUUCUCUAGCCACAUGCCCAUCAUCGGUCUCUGUGGAGAUCAGUGCCGACGGGGUCAAUAUGUUGCCGCUGUCUACACCGGUCAUCACCAGCGGUUUGACCUACAUAAAAAUCCAGCUGGUGAAGGCAGAGGUCGCCUCAGCAGUUUGUCUCAGGUUGCACCGACCUCGCGACGCCAGUACUUUGGGUCUGUCUCAGAUCAAACUUCUAGGCCUGACAGCAUUCGGUAACACCUCCUCUGCAACCGUCAACAACCCCUUCCUGCCGUCUGAGGACCAGGUGUCAAAAACCAGCAUCGGUUGGCUGCGUCUCCUCCACCAUUGCCUAACGCACGUCAGCGACUUGGAAGCCAUGAUGGCCAGCGCUGCAGCUCCCACUGCCAACCUGCUGCAGACCUGCGCAGCUCUGCUCAUGUCACCCUACUGCGGCAUGCACUCCCCGAACAUCGAGGCCGUGCUCGUCAAGAUCGGCCUGCAGUCCACUCGCAUCGGACUCAAGCUCAUUGACAUUCUACUGAGAAACUGUGCUGCGUCCGGUACCGAUCCAGCCAAUCUAAACAGUCCUUUACUCUUUGGCCGGCUGAAUGGUCUUUCUUCGGAUUCUACCAUUGACAUUCUGUACCAACUGGGAACCACGCAGGAUUUAGGGACCAAAGACAGGAUCCAGGCUCUCCUUCAGUGGGUCCAUGACUCCUCCCGGGUGGCAGCUCAUAAGUUGACUGGGCCCAUGGGGUAUUCGGCAGUCGGUGGUGCCUCGUCCUCGACGUCUCUUAGGGAGUACGGCCUCCUCAUGCCCUCACCCUCCCACCUGCACUGUGUCGCAGCCAUCCUGUGGCACAGCUACGAGCUGCCUGUUGACUAUGAUCUGCCUGCUUUGCUCAAUCGGGAGCUCUUUGAACUGCUGUACAACUGGUCCAUGUCAUUGCCGUGCAACAUCGUGUUGAAAAAGGCUGUGGACAGCCUGCUGUGUGCCAUGUGUCACAUCCACCCCAGCUACUUCUCCCUUCUGAUGUCCUGGAUGGGUGUCGUCUCAGUGUCCAAUGCCAGCCAUACUCAGGCGCAGCACUGCCGCCACGCCAUGACUGACGACGGCAAAAAACAGCAUGACGCCAACGCUAGCGCAUCAGGACUUACGGAUGACUCCAAACAUGCCAGAUGCCCCACCAAUCUGUCGGAGUCACAGCUGACCCUGCUGGCGGCCGCCUCCCAGUCUCCAAGUGCGAUAGAGCAGCUGCUCGACUCAGGCUUACCCUCGCUGUUAGUUCGCAGUUUAGCCCAAUUCUGUGUCGGGCUCUUGGCCAGUGCAGAUCUCCCCUUGCCUUCUGCCCAAGCUGACCGGAGACACCACCACCACCACUACCACUCGUCCUCCGCUUCCUCACACAGUAGGCCUCCUCUGGCUCCAGAGCUGGCUGCGCCAGUGCUGCGCUUCCUCAUCGAGGUCGGAAACAGUCACGCCAUGAAAGACUGGUUGGGUGGUCCUGAGGUCAACCCGCUGUGGACGGCCUUGCUUUUCCUACUGUGCCACUCCAGUGCCAGCGCUGGUGCCAGUUCGGGUUGUCAGUUGAGUUACGGACCGGCGGCGGCGGCAGCAGCAGCAGCUUCUCCAUCCUCGUCUCAUCAUUCAGGGUCACGCUUCUCUCUGCACACUUCUGGACAAUCAGGUGGGCUCACUACCCAGCAGCGGACGGCUUUGGAGAAUGCCACAGUGGCCUUCUUCCUCCAGUGUAUCUCCUGUCACCCAAACAAUCAGCGGCUCAUGGCACAGGUUCUCUGUGAAGUCUUCCAGUCUGCACCCAAAAGAGGCAACGUUCCAAUUUCUGGAAAUAUCUCAGGCUUCAUCAGACGACUAUUUCUGCAGUUGAUGCUGGAGGACGAGAAGGUCACCGUCUUCCUACAGUCUCCAUGUCCGUUGUACAAAGGACGCAUCAAUGCCACAAGCCAUAUGAUUCAACAUCCCAUGUAUGGAGCAGGACACAAGUAUCGCACCCUCCACCUGCCCAUCUCCACCACGUUGGCUGAGGUCCUGGACCGGGUUUCUGACACUCCCAGCAUCACGGCCAAGUUGAUCAACGAGCAGAAGGAAGACAAGGAGAAGAAAAACCACGAGGAGAGAGAGAAGAUGAAAGCUGACUGUGGCUUCCAGGACAACUACAGUGUUGUUGUUGCAUCUGGCUUGAAGUCCCAGUCCAAACGGGCUCUUUCUACUCCCCCUCGUCCCCCGUCCAGGAGAGGACGUGUGAUGAGUGACAAGUUGAAUGCGUCAUCUGGUGUGGAUUCAUCAUCCAAAACCAUCAGUGUGCCCGUUUUCCACCUUUACCACAAGCUGCUUCCAGGUCAACCCCUUCCACCUGAGAUGACUCUAGCUCAGCUACUGACGCUUCUGUAUGACCGCAAGCAGCCACAGGGCUACCAGUCCAUCAACCUGACGGUCAAACUGGGCUCCAAGGUCAUCUCUGACCCUGGACUUUCCAAGACUGACUCCUUCAAGAGGCUGCGCACCGAGAAAGUGGAUCACUGUGAGACACUGAACAGCUGCCCUGAAGAUGAACCCAUGAUGGCCAGUGACGAAGGUUUGGAUGCUGCCACUGAUGAGUCACUGUUGGAGACCAACCCGAUCCAGUCACCGCUGCAGGUCUUCGCAGGCAUGGGCGGCUUGGCCCUCAUCGCGGAGAGGUUGCCUAUGCUCUACCCUGAUGUCAUUCAACAGGUCAGUGCCCCAGUGGUGCCCUCGGCCUCGCAAGAGAAGGCCAAGGACAGUGAUCAGUUUGAGUGGGUGACCAUAGAGCAGUCGGGUGAGCUGGUGUACGAGGCUCCGGAAUCAAUCGCCGCCGAGCCACCGCCCAUCAACAAACAACAGUCCCAGUCUUCGUCCUCGUCAUCGUCGUCGGUGCAGACCAUGUCACCGAUCCCCGCCCAUUCGCUAGCGGCGUUCGGUCUCUUCUUGCGACUUCCCGGCUAUGCGCUGAAGGAGAGAAAACAUGCUCAGUGUCUACUACGCCUCGUGCUCGGGGUCACAGACGAUGGAGAGGGCAGUCACAUACUGCAGUCUCCGUCAGCCAACGUGUUGCCCACGCUGCCGUUCCACGUCCUGCGUGCGCUGUUCAGCAGCACUCCCCUCACCACGGACGACGGCGUGCUGCUGCGACGUAUGGCUCUGGAGAUCGGUGCUAUCCACCUCAUACUGGCCUGUCUGUCUGCUCUAAGCCACCACGCCCCCCGGAAUCCCAACGCCAACACCAACGUCUCUGAGCCUCAGAUGUCAAGCUGUCAUGGUGGCGGAACCAGCGAGGAGCAGCAGCUGUAUUGGGCCAAAGGAACUGGUUUCGGCACCGGAUCCACUGCCUCUGGCUGGGACGUGGAGCAGGCUCUCACUAAACAGAGGCUCGAAGAAGAACAUGUCACGUGUCUACUUCAGGUCUUGGCGAGCUACAUCAACCCAGCGGGCUCCUGUAGCUGUCCUAGCGCUGAUGGUUCUUCAGCAGACACCAGAGCUCAUAACACCUCAGCGCUGCCUGCAGUGCUGCAAGAGUUGCUGAGCCAAUCCUGUCUCAUCCCUGCCAUGUCCUCCUAUCUCCGCAACGACUCAGUUUUGGAUAUGGCUCGCCAUGUACCUUUGUAUCGGGCGCUGCUGGAGCUGCUGAGAGCCAUUUCCACCUGCUCUGCUCUGGUCCCUCUGCUGCUUCCUCUGUCUGGAGACCCAAGCCGAGAUGAGGAGGAGGAGGGUGAUGAAGAAAACUCUGAGGGACAGACCUCCGUUGGGAUGCUGCUUGCCAAGAUGAAGACAUGUGUGGACACCUACACCAAUCGCCUCAGGUCCAAGAAAGAUAAGAGCAAAGGUGUUAUGAAGACCGAUAGCUCAGAUCCAGAGCCUGAGGGUUUGACUCUCCUGGUGCCUGACAUCCAGAGGACAGCUGAGAUAGUGUACACUGCUACCACCAGCCUGCGGCAGGCCAACCAGGAGAGGAAGCUGGUGGAGUCUUCAAGGAAGGCGUCGACCCGGCAGAAGCCCCUCUCCAUCCUGCGCUCGCUGGAGGAGAAAUAUGUAGCGGCAAUGAAAAAGUUACAGUUUGACACUUUUGAAAUGGUUUCCGAGGACGAGGACGGGAAGCUUAUGUUCAAGGUCAACUACCACUACAUGUCUCAGGUGAAGAACGCCAGCGACACCAAUAGCGCGGCUCGAUCUCGGCGCCUCGCGCAGGAAGCCGUCACCCUGUCCACAUCGUUGCCCCUGUCAUCUUCAUCAAGCGUCUUUGUCCGUUGCGACGAGGAGAGGCUGGACAUCAUGAAGGUUCUUAUCACAGGCCCAGCUGACACCCCGUACGCCAACGGCUGCUUUGAGUUCGACGUGUAUUUUCCCCAGGACUAUCCAAACUCGCCCCCGCUGGUCAACCUGGAGACUACAGGCGGACACAGUGUGCGCUUUAACCCCAAUCUGUACAAUGACGGCAAAGUGUGUUUAAGUAUCCUCAACACGUGGCACGGGAGACCAGAGGAGAAAUGGAACCCUCAGACCUCAAGCUUCUUACAGGUGCUAGUGUCAGUGCAGUCCCUCAUCCUGGUGACAGAGCCUUACUUCAACGAACCAGGUUAUGAACGUUCCCGAGGGACCCCCAGUGGAACCCAGAGCUCGAGGGAGUACGAUGGCAACAUUCGACAGGCCUCCGUCAAAUGGGCGAUGCUGGAGCAAAUGCGAAACCCCUCGCCAUGCUUCAAAGAGGUGAUCCACAAGCACUUCUACCUGAAGCGCACAGAGAUCAUGUCUCAGUGUGAGGAGUGGAUUGCCGACAUCCAGCAGUACAGCAGCGACAAGAGGGUCGGCCGCACCAUGUCCCACCACGCUGCUGCACUGAAGGUAAGGCCGUUGCACGUCCCGAGCGGAGUGGAAAUGCACCGCAGAGGUGCCGCUUUACGGCCGUCUGACGCUACACUGACUCACGUUAACUCAGAAUUAGCUCUUGUAGUGACUUAAUGUCGGUGAUCAUACUUCCUCUUCCUGAAAAAUCCCCACACAUCUAUACCAUCUCUACCCUCACCUCGUCACGGGGUGUUUGCCUUCAACUGACGUUGCUGCACAUAAGA